AUGGCAACCAACACCCUCGACAGCCUCCCAGUCGAACUAAAAUUAUGUAUCCUCCAACAACUCCCCAACCUCCAGUCCAUCCAAGUCCUCACCCGCGCCUCAUCCAAAUAUUUCCAAACAUACACCCAAUUCCGCUCCCAAGUGCUAUACGACCUCCUCCUUCGCCAAUACAAUGACGAAGUCGACAUCCCCGAAGCCGUUGUCACCAUGCGCUCCGAGGGCGUGAUAGCAGAAAACACCCACAAUCGCGACAAAAUCAUUGAUUUACUAGACUAUCGACGUCGGGGGGCGAAAGAAUGCAAGACUAACUUCAGAGCGGACUCGUUCACCGCCCACGAAAUUAUGAAGAUGAUGAAGCUACAUGAAUCAGCUAUAUAUUUUAUGGAGGAUUAUGCGGCUGACCUUCCUGCACCGUCCUGGUGGGAUCAUAAAUCGCGGAAAUGGACGUCGCCGAUUGUAUUCUCGCAUACGGAGCGAGCGAGGUUUUUUCGGGCGUUCUAUAGGUUUCAGACGUGGUGUCAUAUCUUCGGGCAGCCGGAGUAUGGUCGUCACUUUUCUUCAGUUUCUUCAUCAACUUCGUCAUCUGUCGGGUCUUCGUUCUCGGCAGGACUGGAAGCACCGUCCGAGAACGAAUGGGCGGACCGAACAUUCACACUGGAGCAAGCAUGGAGGCUGAUAUGGGGCACAAUGCCUCCCUGGGAGAUUGAAGAAGUCGGGGCUCUGUUGGAUUAUUUCAUGUCAAAAUACAUCCAAGUCUUUCAAGAGAUUACGACUGCGCUUAUUAAUGGUCAUAGACCUGGUAACUCUGCGGAGGACGAUCCUGUGCCUUCCGCAGCUCUGCCGGAUGAUUCAGCGCCUGUAGGAACGUUGCCACUGGGCACACCGAUUCAUAUGGCUUAUGAAUUACGCGGAGAUCCAUGGUCCUUAGCAAUAACCUUCCGUUACUCCAUGAUCGAAAUAGGCCCCUACUUCCUCUACAAAAUCCUGCAACAACCCUACGACGACCGGCACAUCUCCGUCUCCAAUAAUAUGCGCAGCGUCUUCACUACAAAACUCUGGGAAGUUACGGGUAUCAACGAUGAACAGAAAGUACCUUUAUUAUCACCAGCCGAUAGAUACGAGCGUGCCGAUAUUGCUAGACAUGUAAAUUUGUUGCAUGUGUUGGAGAGGCCGAAUAAAUCCUGGAUUAGACAUUGGGCGGGCGAAGAAGGACAGCUUCAUCCGGAUCUGUGGCUGAAGAACGGGGUUGGACAUUACGGUUCGUAUCCAACUUCGAAUAGGAGGGAGUGGAAAUGGGGGUAUGUUCUUUGGGAUGACGAGAGGUUGGAGGAGUGGAAUGCUGUGGAGCUUAGUGCUAGGAUUUAA